CAGACGAGCAUCAGUCGUCGCUGUUGACGAAGGAGUCGGUGGUUUAGCUACUCGUCUUCGUCUCUGUUGUCGUGGUCCGUCUGUGCUGUUGCUGGGAGCAUGACUGGCAAGGCUAAGGCCAUUGGUGCUAACUUCUCGGGCACCAACAGUAGCAACAUGGAGUGCGAGGCUCUGCACAGGGAUUUCGUCAUACCCGAUGACGAAAUCUGGUGCAAUUGGACAUUUGACUCGAUACUCUGUUGGCCUCCAACAAAAGCAUCAACGAUGAGUAGGUUAAGAUGUCCUCAGCUAAACGGAGUCGAUACGAGAAAUUUCGUGGAAAAGCGAUGCGGCGAGAACGGAAGCUGGGAGGGCAAGGUCGGCGAACUCAGUCCGCCCAGUGGCUGGACGAACUACACCCCCUGCUUCACCCCAGAGAUGAUGCUGCUUCUGCAAAAACUCUACACUGGCAGCGAGGAUCUCGCCAACGCACGAAUCGAUAUUGCGGCAAAAACGAGAUACUUGGAAUUUGUGGGGCUUACGUUGUCUCUAACAGCUUUACUCGUUUCCUUAUCGAUUUUCUGCCGAUUUAGAACUCUUAGAAACACACGAACUCGAAUACACAAAAACCUCUUCGUAGCAAUGAUGGUCCAAGUUGUGAUAAAAUUGACAUUGUACAUAGAUCAAGCACUCUCCAACAUGAAUGCCUACGACCAACAGUAUAGUAUACAGAAUACGCCCAUAUUAUGCGAGGGCUUCUACGUACUUCUUGAAUAUGCCAGAACAGCGAUGUUUACGUGGAUGUUCAUUGAAGGCUUUUUCCUUCACAAUAAGGUUACUGUAGCGGUCUUCACAGAAACGUCUGGUUAUCAGAUGUACCGAGUCAUCGGUUGGGGCUAUCCUAUCUUCAUGACUGCGGGCUGGACUGUAGUCACCGCAAUUUAUUACCAUCCAUCGAAAUGCUGGUGGGGUUACAACUUAACUUUCUAUUUUUGGAUCCUUGAGGGGACCAGGCUGGCAAUGAUAUUGUUCAACUGUGGCUUUCUUCUUAACAUUCUUCGGGUACUCAUAAUAAAACUUCGUCGUAGUCAUAUGACGGAAACGGAGCAAAUCAUAAAGGCAGUGAAAGCCGUGCUUGUACUACUGCCGCUCUUAGGAAUAACAAAUUUGGCAGCCAUGUCUGAGGCACCUCUCGACAAGAGUAUCCUGCAAUUUGCCCUCUGGUCUUACAUCACGCACUUUCUGACCUCCUUCCAGGGCCUCUUCAUAGCGUUUCUCUAUUGUUUCUCCAACAACGAGGUCAGAUCUGUCGUGAACAGAACAAUAUCCUUGUACUUCAACAAGCGACAGUCGUCCGGAAGUGGAUGCCAACCUCACCGAAUAGUCUCAACUAUCGACGUGGAAGCGACAGAAGAGAGUCCGACCGGCUGCAUCAGACUGUGUUGCUGUAGAGGCAGUAUAUCGUCCCUCGAACGAGCCAACACUUGCAGAACGGAUCUUUGACCGUGGUGGCACUGGCGGCUGAAGAGUGACAUCAAACUUGGAUCUUCGGGCUGAAACGAGUGGAAAAAUUUAAGUUAUAUCAGUCGCAUCCGUGCACUUGCGAUUUGUAAACUGUGAAACGUUCCUCCAUAUGAGGGCUGCUUAAAGCAGUCCCGUGGCUAGUGCACAAGGACAAAUGCCGUACUCCUAAAGAGAAGAUGAGGGAGAAAUGGAAGAAGAUAUAUACCGAGCGAUAGGUGAUGCAUGCAAAAAACCUGAAUGUGCGUAUACAUAGACUGAUGCGACGAAUUUAGUGCGCUCGACUGAUUGCCUCUUUGUUUGUUGUGUAGGUGUGUAUAUAUAACGUUAUGUGUACAUAUAGCAUUUAAAGAGAAUAUGCA